AUGGCCUCCAGUAACAGUAGUGGAGAUAAUAAUCCCAUGCCCAUUACAAGACACAAUCUGAAUGGGAACAACUAUCUCCAAUGGUCCCACUCUGUUAUGAUGUUCAUAUGCGGAAGAGGAAAGGAUGAUUAUCUCAAAGGAGUGGCUGCCAAGCCAAGCCAGGAUGAUGAGAAGUUCAAAAUCUGGAAUUCCGAGAAUAAUAUGGUCAUGUCAUGGCUCAUCAAUUCCAUGACAAAUGAAAUCGGAGAGAACUUUCUACUCUACAGAACAGUAAGGGAAAUCUGGGAGGCUGCAAAGAAAACGUAUUCCAACAAUGAGAAUACAUCUGAGUUGUUUAAAGUGGAGAGUGUUCUCCAUGACUUCCGUCAAGGAGAUUUAACAGUAACCCAGUACUUCAAUACACUCAACCACUAUUGGCAACAGCUGGACUUGUUCGAGGAGCACAAUUGGAGCUGCCUAGAUGAUGGAAUCAGGUAUAGACAGAUCAUUGAACGGAAGAGAAUAUAUAAGUUUCUUAUUGGAUUAAAUAAAAAUCUAGAUGAAGUAAGAAGAAGAAUCUUGGGAUCCAAACCUCUACUUAAUAUUCGUGAGGCUUUUUCUGAAGUCCGGAGAGAGGAGAGUCGAAAGAAAAUCAUGAUGGGCUCUCAAGAACCAAUGACAAGUCUUGAGAGCUCAGCCCUUGCUGUUAGAGGGAACUCCUACAACAACAAUGACACCAAACCAAAGAAAGGACGCCCUUGGUGUGAUCACUGUCGCCGACCUGGUCACACCAGAGACACUUACUGGAAAAUUCAUGGUAAGCCUGCAGAUUGGAAGUCUUCUCGGUCUGCCAACGACAAAGAGGGGCGAGGCAAUUUUGCCUCAAUGGGUGAAAAACCUUCACCUGAACCCACUCUAUUCAGCAAGGAAUAA